AUGUGGUUGUCCCACCCGGGUUUUAUGGAGCUAGUUAAGAAUUGGUGGAAUGGUAGUGCCCCAAGGGCCAAUUGGGAGGGUAUGAAAUUUCAUUGGAAAUUGAAGGAUCUGAAAGCAAAGUUCAAGGAAUGGAAUAUCCUCCACUUUGGUAGAAUUGAGGAAAGGAAACAGGAUGUGAUAAAUCAAAUUGAGGAGUUGGAUGCAAAGGAAAAUGAAGGCACAUUUGAUAUGCUGCUGAAUAGAUGGAUGGAAGUGGCAAAUUCUGUUCCGUUUUCAUCAGUUGCCUCUCCUUUGUGGUCCCCACCAGGCCUAGGGUGCAUAAAAAUGAACUUUGAUGGCAGCAGUGAAGGUAAUCCUGGGCCCUCGGGUGUUGGUGGGGUGUUUAGAGAUGAGAAUGGAAAGGUGAUUGCAUUGUUUUCAGGCCCCAUUGGGAAUGGUGACUCUCUUAGAGCUGAGAUAUGUGCCUUAAUGGAAGGUUUAAGAUAG